UGUAUGAAAUUCUGAAAAAAUUAUAAAAAUUAAGUGUAUUUUUGCAAUUUAAAUUACGAUACAAUGGCUGCAGCUUUCCAGCAACAAAUAUUUGCAUUGGAUGCUCGUUUUAACGCGUAUAGAGCACCUGGUAAUCCCAAUUUUAAAACACUUUACAUUCGUCGACGCAGUCAACUGCUGAGAGAAAAUGCAAAAUUCAAGGACAUAGAAACAAUAAAGAAGUACAUAAACAUCAGAAGUCAGUUGCUGCAGAAGAAAUAUGGAUACCAGGACAAUAUAUCAAUCAGUUCUGCUUCUUCUAGAACUCGAUCUAGCAGCAAGGCAAGCUUACAGAUUGAAGACAGUGUUACAAUAAAUCAGAAGAGGAAGAGUGAUCUCUCAAUAUCAGAGAACUAUGCAUUCACAGGUGUACAUCACAUAUUUGACCAGCACACAGACCAAGUAUCAAUGGUGAAGUUUGCAAACAACGACCGCUCCAAGCUGUGUUGUGUGUCCCACGAUGGUACUGUAUCUAUCUGUGAUGUCACUGCAACCCCACCAAAGGUUUUGUUCACUUUGGAGGGCCAUACUAAAGCAGUUACCGGUUGCGACUGGUCGGCAUCAAACGAGCUGGUAGCGACGUGCGGCGCGGACGGCGCGCUCUGCGUGUGGCACGUGGGGCGGCGCGCGCGGCUGCGUACCGUGCCCGAUCCUGCGGGCGCGCCGCUGCAUGCCGUCGCGUUUCAGCCCGCUAAUAACAAUAUGAUUAUUGCUGGUAAUGCAAAGGGAAUGGUGGAAGUGCUUAAUGUAUCUACAGGAAUAUAUCCAAGAGGAGGCAGCAGCGUGGUCGGCGGGCGCGUGCUGGCCAUAGCGUGCGAGUCCAGCGGCAGAAUAUUCUGGGCAGCUAAUGACAAGGGUGUAAUAGUGAGCUACCGCAUGUCGGGCACGGGCGCCUUGAGCAAGCUGCGGCGCGCGGCGGUGGGCGGCGCCGUCACCGCGCUCAGCUGGAGCCCCUACCUCGCGCGCCGCCCCGCCCUCCUCGUCAGCGCCGCGCCCGACACCGUGCACCUCUUCCGUAUAACGGACCGCGAGGGCGGCCUGGCGUCGUGGCGGACGUUCCCGACGCGCCACCGCACGGCCGCGGUGCGCUCCACGUUCUGCCCGAUCAUGUCGUUCCGGCGCGGCGCCUGCGUCGUCACCGGCUCCGAGGACGCCUGCGUCUACUUCUAUGACAUGGAGGCGCCUGGGCAGCCCGUUAAUAAGCUGCAAGGUCACGCGUCCCCCGUUCUGGGCGUGAGUUUCAGCUACGACGAGAGCCUGCUAGCGACGAGCGACGCGUCCGGCCUCGUCAUCGUGUGGCGACGCAGCUGACGCGCACACACACGCGCCGAUGUACGCACAGACACACCACAGUAAAUAGUUAUCACAGUGUGGGUUAUGCGUGGUGGCCACAAAGGUCGUGGAAUCGUGGGAGAGCCAUGCUUCGG